AUGGAGUCGCUUAUAUCAACAAUAUUUGCUCUCUUCUUUUUAUUGGGUGCAUCAGAUGCACUUUCAAGAACCAUCAUAGUCGAUAAGAAUGGUCAAGGAAAAUUUACAACAGUGCAGCAAGCCAUUGAUUCCAUACCAGAAAAUAACUCAUUGUGGACACGAAUUCUUAUUAAGCAUGGUGUCUACACGGAAAAAGUUGUGAUCCCUAAGGAGAAACCAUAUGUUAUUCUUGAAGGAGAGGCUAACCAGCUUACCUCGAUUGAAUUUGGGGAAGGUGGCAAUGUUGUUGAAAGCCCUACAUUUAAACUAUUUGCAGAUAAUUUUGUAGCUCGGAAUAUAAUAUUCAAGAAUACAUACAACAAUGAUCUUAUCAAACUUGAUGACAAUGGGAAGAAAACUACUUGGGCUCCUGCGGCUUUCAUUGGUGGAGACAAAGCAAGUUUUCAUAACUGUGGUUUCAUUGGCGUGCAAGAUACAUUGAGUGAUGCCAUAGGCCGGCACUAUUUCUAUAAUUGCACUGUUGUUGGAGCUAUAGACUUUAUUUUCAGCAAUGGACAGUCAAUUUAUGAGAAAUGCCUGAUAAAAUCAAUUUCAGACAGAAGAGGCCUACCUGGUUAUAUUACAGCCCAAGGUCGUAAUGACCCAAAAGACACUUCUGGUUUUGUAUUCAAAGAUUGCCAUGUAUCAGGCACAGGCCAUACUUUGUUAGGAAGACCAUACAGACCUUAUGCAAGAGUAUUGUUUGUCUCCACAUUUAUGGAAAAUGUUAUUUCCCCAGAGGGCUGGACCUCAGCAUGGCAUGCUGGUUCUGAGAACAAAAUCACAUUCUCGGAGGUGAAUUGCACAGGGCCUGGGGCAGAUGUUUCCCGUCGUGUCUCAUGGACGAAGAAGUUAACAGAUGAACAAGUAGCAUUUUUAACAAAUACAGCUUCUUUCCUAGACCAAGAUGGAUGCAAUAUGUCAACAAGACUUGCUCUUCUCCUAGUUUUCUUGAGUGCUGUGAAUGCACAACCCGACGUUUCAAGAACCAUCCUAGUUGAUAAGAGAGGUGGAGGGAAUUUUACAACACUGAAACAAGCCAUCGACUCUAUCCCGUCAAACAACUUGUUGUGGACCCGCAUCUUCCUUAACCACGGUGUUUAUGUUGAAAAAAUUGUGAUCCCUAAAGACAAACCCUACAUAAUUCUUCAAGGAGACCUUAAAUAUCCUAGCGUGGUUGAAUAUGGAGAUGGUGGCAACGUUGUGGAAAGUCCUACAUUCAAAUUGGAAGCAGAUAAUUUUGUGGCUCGGAAUAUAGUUUUCAAGUCGCGUUUUUCCGUGUCUAAUAGCAUGUCCACUCCAAAAGGCUAA